AUGUGUCCCCUGACACGGGCGGUAUGUGGCCGUGGCCCUGUUCGUGCAGGUUCCACGGCACAAUACCUCACAGGCCGCCGCAUCGUUCGCCGAUGCCGGUCUACUCUCUCAAAAAUAUGGGUGCCUACAGGAGGAAUUGCCGAAACGGAAAGUGAAUCCGGACAUGACAAGCUCAUCCGUGCUGGAUUCCUUCGACAGUCUCAAGCAGGAAUCUUCCAACUUCUUCCGUUGGGUCUUCGUGUGCAGAACAAAAUUGAGAAAUUGAUUGACAAGCACAUGGAGUCAAUUGGGGCAUCGCGGCUUUCGUUGUCCACCAUAACUUCUGAAGAACUCUGGAAGAAAAGUGAUCGCCUGGACAGUGUUGCGCCAGAGCUCUUUCGCCUGAAAGACCGUAAAGAGGUUUCGCUCAUGCUUUCUCCGACGCAUGAAGAAGAGAUAACAACAUUGGUCGCAAAUGCAGUGCAAUCAUAUAAAGACUUGCCUUUACGACUGUACCAGAUCACCAGAAAGUAUCGCGAUGAGAUGAGGCCGAGGCAGGGCUUGCUUCGUUCUCGUGAAUUUCUGAUGAAGGAUUUGUACACCUUUGAUUUAUCCUCAGAGGCUGCGAUUGAAACAUAUCAACAAGUUCAAGCCGCGUACAAGGCGAUUUUUGAUGAGAUGAAGGUACAAAUUCUCGUUGCCGAGGCCAGCUCUGGCGAUAUGGGCGGGAAUCACAGCCACGAAUACCAUCUCGCGGAUUCAACUGGGGAAGACACUGUUGCACAUUGCAAUAGCUGUGAAUAUACUGCAAAUGAUGAAGUCGCAAUCUCUAAAAUCAACCCGCAACAUGCCCUCGACACCAACGCGCCAUCCAGCUACGGGCUAUGGAGAGGAAUUACCAAGGAUCGGAAUACGCUGAUCAACGCGUGGUACCCCCAAAGUGACGGCGGCAAUCUCAAUGUUCAUGCCGUUAAAACCCUGGUUCCGGAGCUGGACACAAGCGUGCAUGACCCUCUACCGCUUUGGGAGGUCGCAGUUGACAACCCUGAAACUGCGCUGGUGAAUAUUGUUGAUAGUCGGCUUGCACCUGGCUUCGGAAAAAUUCAUUCCAAGCUGGCUCUUCUCCCCGAAGAAUUGCAAGAUGACUUCAUUGGCCCUCAAUUCGCAACGAGUACUGCUACAAAUGGCGACGGAUUGAAUUUACUUGCCUUGGCUGAAGGAGAUGGAUGCCCGCGAUGCGAAUCAGGGACACUCAAAAUUAGCCGAGCUCUAGAGCUUGGACACACGUUUUAUCUAGGCACGCGGUAUUCCAAGCCCCUCGAAGCCCUCGUGUCGCUUCCUGAGAAACCGUCACAACCGAUUCCCAUUCAGAUGGGUUGCUUUGGUAUUGGCGUGUCACGCAUUUUUGGCGCCGUUGCCGAGAACAGAGCCGACAGCAGAGGGUUGAACUGGCCCAGAGCCAUUGCGCCUUUCGAAGUGGCUGUAAUUCCGUCUUCCGCCGUGAAUGACGAGAUGCUGGCCUUCUUCGACUCCCUCGUUGAUGGCGGGUCGUUUGACGCCGUGCUGGAUGACCGGAAGAAAGCGUUUGGAUGGAAAAUGAAGGAUGCCGAUAUCACGGGAUACCCGGUUGUUGUUGUUCUCGGCAAGGCGUGGAGGGAGCGUGGUGUUUGCGAGGUUCAAUGCAGAAGCCUGGAGCUCAAACAAGAAGUUGCUGCAUCUGAGCUUCCAAUGGUCUUGGAGCAGUUGCUGCAAAAGCUGUAG